GGCGGUGGCGGGGGUGGCAGUAGGGGCGGGGUCGACCCUGCCGUCCAGGAGGUCAUCCGCCGCCAACGGCACCACAGCUGAGAAGCAGAUCCAGAGCGCGCAGUCGGACUCUGGGCCUCGCCGCGAGAAGGACAAGAGCGCCAAGCGGAAGUCCAACCUGAACCGCUGCCUCACCGCAGAGGCCGUCGCGCCAGCCGUCCAUUCAGACGAAAGCAGCGGCGGUGGCAGCGUGCGUCGCCGGCGACGGCCGGUGAACGGCGCCGGGUCCGCCCCUGCCCCUGCCUCCGCCGCCGGUGCCGCCCCCGAACCGUCGACGGCUGCCUCCAGGUCCAGGAAGUCGUUCGACGGCAGCUUGGAACUUGGCAGGAGCGCUGUCCACGCCGACACCGUCACCCUCUCAGCCUCUCCUGUUGGUGGUUCACCUCGUCAGCAACAGCAACACUCAAGACUGAAUGGCAGUGCUUCAAAUGUAGUGCCUGUCUCACCUGUUAGAAGCACAGCAUCACCCAGCUUUACAUCAAGGACUACAUCCCCUCGGACAUCAGUUACCGGAUUUGUACCUGUUGUAAACACAAGAAAACCUAGCUCCCCGUUGGUCACACCUUCAAAAUCGAGGCUGACAGAGUCGAGAUAUUUGUCAAAAAAAUCUGAUAUAAAAAGUGUGGAUACUUCCCAGAAAGUUGAUAUACUGACAGCACUCACAAAAGAGUCCUUAGCAAGAUUAGACAGACUUACCAAUACUUCUGUGAGUGACGAACAUACGUCUCGAUUGACUGGAGAAUCCCAUCUUAUUCGUUCGAACACAUCUUCUACCCUCAGUAAUGGCCGUGUGCAGGACCGUGCAGAACAUAGCCUGAAAAAAUCUGCAUCUGCAGUGGUUUCAGUUGACUCCACUUCAUCAUUUCCCUGUGAAGACGACACUGAACUUACAGUUGAAAUUCACGAAAGGAGUAAAUCACCAACAAAGCCAGGAUCUUCCAUUUUGAAGAAGAAGUCAUUGGAGGAACCGCUAGGCACAGUUCCUUCUGUUCCUGUUGUAACAGCACAGCCUGUGUCAAUACUUAAGCGAAAAACCUCACAAGAUGAGGCAGGCUCAAGUGCAAGUACCACACCAGCACAACCAGUAACUUUCUCCCCAUCAGUAGAAGACCACGUUCGUAACUCUAGAAGACAAGGUAUACUCAAAAAACGUGCAAGCCUCGAUGAAUCAGAAGUCGUGAGGCGUCGAAGUUGCUCACCGGAUGUCAAUCAUAGUUGGGCUAGAGAUUCUUACGAAUUCAGACCCAUCUUGAAGAACCAGAGAAGAUCAUCGAUGGAGGAACUAGUGAGGCGAACUCAGUCUCCAGAAUUACAUCCUCAUUCAAUUUUAAAAAGGAAGACUAGCCGUGAUGAUGACACGGAAGAAAGAACUAUCACUUCCCCAGAACCACAAGGAAUUUUGAAGCGCAAAUCCAAUGUUAGCAGUAGCAGUAGCAGUGGAAGUGGUUCACCUCAUGUUUCAAUUUCACAGACAGUUAUCAUGAAUGUUGCUGGAAUAUCUGGCACAGAAUUUGGAGCUGAUGCUUCUGAAGUUGUACGGCCUAUACUUAAGAAGAAGAGCAGCUCAGAGGACACAACUACAGCAGACUCUUCCUCUGCAGACACCCCUAAACCCAUUUUGAAGAAGAAAACGAGCACGGAUGUCGACGAUUCUGAAGACAGGCCAAAAAAACCUAUAUUGAAGUCUUCACAGAGAUCUUCCCAGGAAGGCAGAGGUAGUGUAAGUUUGGAUGGCACACCGAGGGAAUCACCUACCAGAUGUUUGAAAUUACGCAGCCAUAGUGCUACUGCUUCUGAUUCCACAUCUGGAUCAGAUGGGGAAGCUGUUAGACCCAUACUGAAGCAAUCGAACAGCAGAGAAAGGUCCUCUUCUCCCCGUCCGAGAUUGUCAUUUUGUGAUGAUGAAGAUGAGGAUAGGCUGAUAGCAUGGAGCACUGCUUCAUCUGGUAGUGAUACUACGAGGCCUGUCAGUCCAGUUGGUGAAGGUGCUGUUCUAAGACGAAAUCUUGUGUUAUGUAGCCCUGUUUCACUCGAGAGUGAGCGUGAUAAUGUUGUCCCCAAAAGACGUUCCUGGGAGCCGAGUUCUUCUGUAGAUGCUACUGACAAUGUACAGUUGAUGAAUCGGCCAAAUUCUGAUGAGCCAAGAAGUUUAUCAGUUGCUGAAAGGAUAGUAAACAUGGAAAGUCUUCUAAGUCAGCCUGUCAGAAGCAGCUCAACAGCUGCAAUUAAAACUGGAGCUGUGCCAAAGAGGCAAGGCCUUGGGAGGAGCCUCCGUGACAAGGAGCGAUUUCACACUCAACCUGUUACCAUGGAUGAAUUGGAAGCUUCUGCAUUGUUGGCAUCUGCCCAUGAUUUCCACAGAAGUCUGGCAGGAAGGGGUCCAUCAUCCAGACCAAAUGAGCUAGUACAGGCAAAUGGGGAUAAAGUGAGCAGCAGUACAGAUGAAAGCCCAAGUGCAGAUACAUCUGUACCUGACUCUCUAGAUGACACUCUUGCAAGUACCCCUUCUCCAGCUGCUGAAAGUGACAAGCAUUUGCAACAUACUCUCUCACCUUCACCCACUAUGGAAGGAAGACAGAAUAGUAAAGUAGCAGAGGAAAAUGAAGAAAAGAUGAGCAACGAAGGAGCUUCUCUAACAAAAAGCUGCAGUGUGUCUGCCAUGGCAUCGUUGUUUGCAAGAAAGCAGGAGGAUGCAAGCCGUGCUGGGAAUUCGGGAGUAUCUCGGUACAGAGAAAGACGGCGCUUGUGGGCUGGAGAAUCACGUGUCGCAACACAGCCUGUUACACAAGUGGAGGUUGAGGAAGCAGUACGUCUUAACAGUCAACAGUCUGCACAGUCUGAUGUUCCGGCGGUAUCUUCCUCAGCUGCUGACGAUGGUAAUGAGGACGAUCCAUCUAAGUUAAGUCUGAGUGAGCGUAUCCGACUAUUCAAUCAGAAGAUAAAGGAUGAGCAAACAGUGAAGCAACCUGAAUUGGGCCCACGUGUUACUGUUAAACGCACAGCUCGCUUCAAGACGCAGCCUGUCACCAAUGAGGAAGUGGAAAUUGCUCAGAAGAAGAUUUCUAACCUUGCUGCCAGCUUUGCAAAACCACCAGAUCCAGAUAAAUUAGGAGGUUUAUCCAUUCGAGCUGCUCGAGAGAAGAUUUAUGAACAUGCUGCAAAUAUCUUAACAAAAUCAAGUUCUGCAUCUCGCCUUGGACAGCAUUCUACAUCUAGCAGAGAUGUCUCACCCACAAGACCUCAGCUUGGUUUUCCAGAGAGUGAAACAAAACCAAGAGGAAUUUUGAAGCAUUCUGAUUCACAAAAGGUAGAGGCUGUAUCCAGUGAAGAAGUAACUGAACAAGAGUCUGAAAAUGAAGUGAAGGGGAUCUUGAAAAGCUCAUCUGUCGUUGGCAGAAUAGUUAAAACACCAGAACCAGAUAGUUCCAGACAUCUGAAGAGUGUUUUAAAGAAAGAUACAAGCACUGAAGAACGACCAUCCUUUUCUAGCACAGAGAAUCUCUCUAUGACUGGAGAUUAUCCAAAAUCGAUACUAAAGCCAAAGCCCAAGGAAUGGGUUGAUGAGAGCUCUUCUUCAUCAGAGGAUAGUGGGGCAGCAUCAGAUUCAGAUUGUGAAAGACCCACAGUUACCAGUUGUAAGAGAGGUAUUGAUCUAAUUAGUAUCCUCCAUGAUGUAGAGGCCCAGGCACGACAACAGAGACAGCAAGCAAGUAGGCCAAACACUGGAGAAAAGAUUAAAAAUAUCAAGAACCUCUCACAGGAAAAAGAGAACCAAGUUUUCACAUGUGAGCAGAUUAGUGAUUCUCAGAAGAAAGAGAACAGCCAAAAAGCUAUUAUGGAUCAACAGUAUUUAAACCAGAAAUUAGUCUCCAGCACAACUGUUGAAGAGAAUAGCAGAUCUAAUGCGAUGAAGCAAAUAAACACAAAUAAUGUGAAUAGAAAGCAGGUCACCACAGAGGUGAACAGGGUGCACAAGCACUUACACAGUGACCAUCGUUUGUCCCUAGACUUAAAUACUUCUCAGACAUCGGAUGGGGAGACAUCAUCAUCUGGAGGCCGUGAAGUGAAGCGUAUCAUACGGAAUGAGGCUGUUGCACGUCGGCGUCAAAUUGCUAUCAUCAGGCAGAACAGGUCGGGCUCGUCCAGCCAGCCGGCCGGGGAGCAGCUGCCGCCCGCGGGCCCGGCGCUGGCCAAGAGCCGCAGCCAGCCGUGCGUCCAGCAGGCGCCGGCCACGCCGCCCGCCCCCACAGCCGCCCCCGCCCCCGCCGGCCUGCAGCGCAGCAGCACGCAGCCCAUGGCCGCCGACCUGCACCACUUGUCCGGCGCCUCCAUCGCCGACAGGUUAGCUGCACUUCAGAAGAGUGGUGAUACCCAAUGGAGAAAACGAAUUUCCCAUUUGAAUCCAGAGGAUGAGAUAACGAUAAUUGCAACAAAGAACCAGAUCAAUGAGCUGCAAGCACACCACCGUGAUCCUGAUGGGGAUACGGGCUCAGCCACUGCAAGCCCCGGAAGCAUUCUGGCUGAUCGUCUCGGCAAGCUGGAUGCUGCAACUCAGGGCUGGCGCAAAAGAGUUGGCCCUACUGAUGCAGACUGCUUCUCUGUGGCGGGUCGCAUGCGAAUGCGUGGUGGUGCUGGGGAAGCGAUUCACAGUCUGCCCCUCCAGCCUAGCCUACCACCACAAUUACAAGGUGGCUCUCCCUCCGAGAAGGCUGCGCGGCGGGUGCCACGUGCUCUGCGCUUCCGCAGUAAAGCUGCACAGGUUAAGAAUGCUUCUUCGACCCCAACUUCACCACAGAAGGAGUCACCAGUUAAUCUUUCUUUCAAGAGAAGUUUGUCAGCACCAGGAGGCGAUGAUGAGAAUGGCUUGUCAUUGGCAGGUAGAGAAGAUGAACCAACAGGACCUACAGUUGCAGUGCCUCGAGCUGAUGAUGAGACUUUCUUGCAGUUUUUCCGUAGUGUGAGUACGGAAAAACUGCAAAGUGAUAGGCUGGAAAUAAGAGAUGAGGAUCUCAAUGAAAUCAUUGCUGAUUCUACUCAGUUACUGGUGCAGAAGAAGUCGGUGAAAGUACAAAGGCGCAACAUCACUUCCCGAAACCCUCUCAAGGUUCUGGCUGCAAGAACUGAUCUGCAGGAAGAAUAUGUUGAGGUGAAGACAGGAAUAGCAGAGAAAGAAAUAAGAAGGCUCAACGUGGAGAAACUGGCUAAGAGCUCACCUUUAGCAGUGGAGGCUUUAGCAGGUCUUGCAAGUAAAGAAGACUUCACAGCAGUUGCUCUGAAGAAAGCAUCAAGCUCAGUUGGUUCUUUGCUUCCCUACAAGGAUCUGAUGUUGAUCCAUGUGAAAGGACGUAGACAUGUACAAUCUCGUCUUGUGGAACCUACUGUGGCAUCUGUUAACCAUGGAGAUAAUUAUGUACUUGUCACACCAACUGAGGUUUUUAAUUGGGUUGGCCUAUACUCAAAUGUCAUUGAGCGAUCCAGAGGAGCUGAGAUAGCACAGUAUAUUGUGCAGAAGAAAGAUCUUGGGUAUACAGGUUCAGGACAGGUAAUCACUAUCACUAAAGAGAAAAUAACUUGCUCAACCUCCCAGAAGAAGCGUUUUUGGCAACUGCUUGGGGCUCAAGAAAAUAUUGGGGAAGGUACUCCAGCUUAUGCUGGGCAUCCAGAUGAAGAUGAACUUUAUGAAAACUGUAUCCUGGCUACUAACAAAGUUUAUGAGCUGCAAGAGCAUGAACUGGUUCCCAUGGAAGAAUAUUGGGGUAGUAUACCACGCAUUCAGAUGCUGGAUCCAUCAAAAAUUAUAGUUUUUGACUUUGGCUCUGAAAUGUAUAUUUGGAAUGGAAAGAAUGCAUCUCUGGAUACUCGUCGAGAGGCAAUCCAUUUGGCACGGGAGCUGUGGUCCGAGGGUUAUGAUUAUACAGGAUGUGAUGUUUGCCCCUUGACCAUAAGUGCUGCUCUUGGCUCACACUUAGAGCAAAAUGUGAGCACCCCAGUAUCUGGUCCAGAACGACCCAGUUGGGCCUUGCUUGGAAAGGUUACACAGCACAUGGAGACCAUACUUUUCAGAGAAAAAUUCCUUGACUGGCCUGAUUUUUCUCGUGUCAUACGCUCAAAGGUCACGGAUGAUAUAGAUAAGCAGUUUGAUGCAACCAUUGACGUCAAACCCUGUGAUGCUAAAAUGAUGACAGAAUCAAAACAAAGUGAACCUGAUCUUGAACUUGAAGGCCUGCAUCUAGGUCGUGGCUGUAAUUACUUUGAUCAGGAGAUGCGCCGACACUAUGAAAUUACAACACUUGGAGUGACAGUGUGGCAUAUACAAGAGUAUGAGCACUCAGAGUUGCCCCGGUCAUCACUUGGUCAAUUUCACAUGGGUGACAGUUAUGUCAUUAGAUGGCAGUAUUCCAUUACAGUAACAGGAAGAGAGCUCAGUGGCCAGCCCUCUCGUCACUCAGUUGCUGGCAGAGAUAGGUGUGCUUAUUUCUGUUGGCAAGGACAAGAUGCAUCACUGAAUGAACAGGGUGCUGCUGCUCUUCUAACUGUGGAGCUAGAUCAUGAACGUGGUCCACAAGUUCGUGUGGUACAAGGCUAUGAACCACCUGCAUUCCUGGCACUUUUCCAAGGCAGCAUGGUCACUCACAUUGGAAGAAGAGGAGAUAUGGAUUUUCAAGGCCCUUGGCGCCUAUUUGUAUGUCGAGGGGAACUUGCACAGGAGGCAGUGCUAGUGGAAGUGACUUGCAGUAUUCGUCAGUUGAGAAAUCGUGGCUGCUUUGUUUUGCUGAACACCUCUACUGGUGCCAUACAUGUUUGGUAUGGCAAGAAAUCUCCAACUCAUGCUAGAAAGGUAGCAAAAUCAGCAGCUGAAAGGAUUCAGGACAGAAGACCACCAGAAAUUGGUUUCAAAGCCAGUGCAAACUUAGUUAUUUAUGAACAACAAGAGGGUGCUGAGAACAAAGAAUUCUUCAAAGGUCUGGGUGGCAGCAGUCGUCAGUUGUAUACAUCAGUUCAGGCAAAUGGCACACCUCGACUUUUCCAUUUGAGCAGUAUUUCUGGCUUCCUCUCUACUACUGAGAUACUGAGUCCAUAUAGACAUCCAGACUUUCCUGUGGCCUUUCCAUUCCUGCAAGAUGAUUUGUACAGUGCCGGUCAACCAGCACUGUUCCUGCUUGAUAGUGGGAGUGAGCUUUGGUUGUGGCAGGGUUGGUGGCCAGACACAACAGAAGAUCCUAGUACACAAACAGGAUCUGGUGCUGUGCGAUGGCAGGCAGAGCGACGUGCUGCAAUGCAGACCGCACUUGACUAUGCUCAUCACAUGGGCAGGAGAAGAGCUUCUGCGUGGCUUGUGUGGGCUGGCCUUGAACCACUUGAAUUUACUAAUCUGUUUCCUGUGUGGACUGAUAGGGAUGAUAUAGCAGAACUUAACAUAAGGGAUGGAAGAAAACCUGGAGAAGUACUUACAGUGGAAGAUGAGCUAGCAAGACUGACAUGCUCAACCUAUCCCCCUGCUCAGCUGCUGCAGAGGCCACUACCUGAUGGUGUGGAUCCCACCUGCCUCGAAAUCUAUCUCGACCCUAAUCAUUUCCAGGAGCUUCUUGGUAUGUCAAAAGAAGAAUUCUCUUCCCUUCCUUUAUGGAAACAGACAAAACUGAAGAAGGAUGUUGGAUUAUUUUAGGGGACACUUUUGUUCUUCCAUAUCAGUGUUAAAUUUGGACAGUGCAAGAUUGUGAUAAAAUGUGAAUUCAGGUGUACUUGACAUGAAGAGUAUACUGAAUAUGUAUGAAGACUAGUUUUGUGUUUGUGUACUGUAAUUUUACUGCUGUGAUUGGCUGUGUGAUGUGUUCACAGUUUGUUCCUACUAUGUUGCGGAUAAUGCUUAAGUGUUUUCAAUCAAUAGAGGUAGGAAACACAUAAGUGCUGUGCUACAUUGCUGUGGAGUUACACUAAUGUGAUCCUGUGCCUUUCAAAAAAUGUGAUGUUUGAAACUGCAAAAUUUCAUAAGUCAUGUAUGCAUUUUUCAGACCUGCUGAAGCUUCUAGUCCAAAUGCAAGUUGCAGUUUACAUAACGUAAAGCAACAUCUUAAAUAGUUUCCUUGGUUUGCCAAUGUUGCCUUAAAAUUUGUCUGUUCUAGAAAUUUUUCUGUGAUCUAUAUUGCUGAUAAGAAAACUUUCCUCAUUUUCUGUGUUCCAAAAUAAGGCACACGUUUCCAGUGGUUUGAGUAAUAGCUGAAUUGCAGUGCAUGUCUGUUUCAGUUUUAAAGUGUGAGAUAAUUUAUAUUAAUGAUCAGAAAAAUGAAUUUAUUCUAACCUAACAGACUGAAACUAUUUUCCCCCGUUGUUUUGUAGAUGCUAACAUUGAUUUUAACACAUCAUAAAGAAGCAUCUGCUACAACAAACAGUUGCAGUAUUCUUUCCCCAUCUCAAAUUACAAAUAAUCAUCAUGUUUUAUUUAUGUUCUUAAUACCCUCAAUCCUCGAGUUUUGGUUAAUGUGAAAUAUUGCUAUUAUUAUGCAUUCCUCACCAGUUUCUAUUAACAGAUGUUAUACCAAAAGUUGUGUGUUUUCUGUUACCUAUAUUUUGUUGAAUUUCUUAUAAAUAUAUGUACAUUAAAUUAUUUAUCAUUUCAACUAUCAGAUUAAGCCACUGUCUUGUAAAAAUAGAAACAAACAAACAAAUAAACACACACACACACACACACACACACACACACACACACACACACUCUUCUUUAUGAGAAGCUUGAUUUUUGUACAGUUGUGACUUGCUUUGUGCGUAAAUGAAAUGUAAAUUUUGACUGAUUUACUUAUAUAAAAAUAUAUAUUUAAAAUACUUUUUUGUACAUAACAUUUUAUUUAUAAACUAAUAUAAUGUAAAUUAAAGUUAUUACUUAUGA